AUGGCUGAAUGUCAUGAAAUUAUUGGUGAUGAUGAAUCUCGGGUUAAUAAAUAUUUUAAUAUUAUACAAGUUUCUAUUGAUUGGAUGAAUAAUCAUAACGUAUAUCAAUGGUAUUAUUCCGAAGGUACUACCUAUGUAGAAAAAAUUGGUAUUCAUGCCCUUUAUGAUAUUUGGGGUAUGUAUCGGGCAUGGCAGCGAAAAGAUAAAUUAAAUGUUAGCAAAAGUGUUAUGGUUAAGCUUGCUAGAACAAUGAUGUAUGUAAUAAAUCUUGAUAUUGAUAAUAAAAUUGCAACAAGGGUAGACGGCACAUAUAAUAGUACAGAGACUACAGCUACCUUAUAUGGGCCUUGGGCAUUUUACGCUGAAUUUAUUCCUAACUGGUAUAAUGUUGUCGCUAAUGCAAAUAUAAAUAAAGUAAACACUGGUCCAGAGUAUAUAGGUGCACUUCUUUGGGUAAAAGCUUCGCGUCGUAGGUCUCUCAUCUCUCCUUCUAACAUUGAG